GGAACGCAGCAUCCAUCAUGACCUCCACCUUCAUGUCCCGCUCCAUCCGCUCCUCCAGCGGCUUGGGGGGAGAUGGAGGUUUCUACUCCAUGAGGGCCGGCAGCGUGUACGGAGGAGCCGGGGGCUCAGGGGUUCGGAUCUCCUCUGCCUCCUCCCUGGGUAGUGGAAGGUCCUCCAUGGGUGGAGGUGGAGGCUUCUUCUCUAUGGGCAGCGGUGGUGGAGGAGGCUUCUCCUCCCAGAUGAGCUUCAGCGCAUCCGGCAUGGAGGACAACUUGGUUGGGAACGAGAAGUUCACCAUGCAGAACCUGAACGAUCGCCUCGCCACCUACCUGGACAAGGUACGCAAGCUGGAGAAGGCCAACGCUGAGCUGGAGCAGAAGAUCAGGGGGUUUGUGGAGAGCAAGGUGGGGCCCUCCGCCCGGGACUACAGCGGCUCCUUCACCUCCAUCAGCGAGAUAACAGAGAAGAUCCAGGAGGCCUUCAGGGUGAAUGGAGCCGUCAACCUGAGCAUCGAGAACGCUCGCUUGGCAGCAGAUGACUUCAGGAUCAAGUAUGAAACCGAGUUGGCCAUGCGUCAGUCGGUGGAGGCCGAUAUUGCCGGGCUCAGGAGGCUGAUGGACGAGCUGACUCUGUCCAAGUCGGACCUGGAGAUGCAGAUCGAGGGUCUGAAAGAGGAGCUGAUCUACCUGAAGAAAAACCACGAGGAGGAGCUGGUUUCCACCAAAGCCCAGAUGAGCGGUCAGGUCCAUGUGGAGGUGGACGCCGCCCCGGCCCAGGACCUCACCAAGGUCAUAGAGGAGAUCAGGGAGCACUACGAGGCCGUGGCCGCCAAGAACCACAAAGAGCUGGAGAACUGGUUUCAGACCAAGACGGAGACGCUGAACAAAGAGGUGGUCUCUCAGUCAACAACGCUGCAGGAGACCAAGAGCGAAGUGACCGAGGAGAGACGGAGGCUGCAGUCUCUGGAGAUGGAGCUGCAGGUUGCACAGGGCAUGAAAGCAUCUCUGGAGGCGUCCCUGGAUGACAUUCAGAGCAGAUAUGCCAUGCAGCUGUCCAGACUCCAAUCCAUGGUAUCGUCACUGGAGGAGCAGCUGAUGAACCUGAGAGGAGACAUUCAACAACAGUCUGAGAAUUACAAGUUGCUGCUGGACCAUAAGACCCGGCUGGAGAUGGAGAUUGCAGAGUACAGGAGGCUGCUGGAUGGAGAGGGAGGCGGCAGUUCCUCCUCAUCCACCACAACCCGGCGAGUGGUGACUGUGGUGGAGGACAACGUCGACGGGAAGGUGGUUUCCUCCUCCUCCGUUACUCAUUGAGGCAGCCAAUCAGCUUCUUUCCUGCUGACUCACCUGAGAAUAAAACGAGAGUCCAAAUCA